AUGGCGAAAGCAGAAGGCGCGUUGCGCGCAUUUAGUGGCCAGGAGGACUUGGAAGAGUUCUGGCAGAAGUUCCAGGUCGUGGGAAAAAUUCAGAAAUGGAGUACAGGCAAGGAGCGAAUGGCGCAUGUGCCUCUGUAUCUAUCUGGCGAUGCCUUUACGGUGUGGAGACAAAUGGCUACUGCGGAUCAGGAGGACGAGGAUAAGGUGAAGGCACGGCUUGAGGAGUCGUUCGCCUGCUCGUCGAGGGAGGCGUACUCCCAGUUUGUGCGACGUCGGAAGCGGGAAGAUGAAACUGUUGAUGUUUAUGCAUCUGACUUGCGCCUUUUGUUGACGCGUAGUGGCCACAAGGAAGCAGCAGAUGGAAAAGACCCGGUGCUCGUCGAGCAGUUCUUGUCAGGUCUGCCUCGUCGAUUUGCAAAUCAGCUGCGCCUCAGCGCGGCGGCUAGUGGGGAUCCCACGAUGACACAGCUGACGAAGCAAGCACGUGCUCUCCUUGCAGUGGCGGAUGAGCCUGGUGUCAGCGCGUCUGCCGUAGGACCUGAGCCAGGAGACAGCAGAGUAUGCUACCUGUGCGGAGAAACUGGCCACCUGAGGAGGGACUGCCCCAAGAAGAAGAAGGUGCAGUGUUUCAGAUGUAAGCGAUUUGGUCACAUCAAGAGGCACUGUCCUGAGGCCAAAUCCGAAGGACAAGUGAGUGGCAGGACUCCUGGUGCAGGUGCCAAUGCAUUUGCAGUAUCACCAGAUGUCGCUGCUGCAGAGUGCGAAGAUGAUGCAUGUCUUGCCCUCGUUGCCAGGCGUCGUGGUGGCCUGCCGAAAGUCUUCGUGUCGGUCAAUGGAGAGCAGACCAGGCUGAAGGCAGCCAUUGACUCUUGCUCGAGUCGCUCCCUAGUGUCUUCUGCUGCGGUGCGUACACUGUCUGUGCCUGUCUGCAAGCCGUCGGGUGAGGACAUGAUCACGGCUAUUAACGGCAACUCACUCGAUAUCACUGGCACUGUGGAGCUGACUGUCUCCAUUGAUGACAACAAUGUGUACCUGCCGAAAAUCAAGGCCAAGUUUCUGGUAGUUGAUUCUCUGGACGUGGUUCGCUCUGACAUGCUGAUUGGUCUUGAUGUGAUCUCAUCGGCCGGUGGUGUUGCUCUGGAGUAUUCAGAGAGUGACGGCCAGCUAACUGGUGCUGUGUUCGGAACGAGGCCAGUCGUGGCUGCAGUCGAGAGUAAGAUCAGCAAUGAAGAGCACUUGCCACGCCACGUUCAGGUCCGACAGGAUGGAGACAAGGUCACGUUGGAGAUGAGUGACUGUGAAGUGAUGUUCGACCCCGAGAAAGGCUUCUGGGAAGUCACUUGGAAAUGGUGCGACGGAGCUGCUCCAAGUUCACCUAUCGGUACAGGCAUCGGCGAGUAUUCCCGCCAAGGAUUAUCGGAUGAUCAGGAGGUGAAGUUCGUCACCGAGGUCCAAAACUGGAUUGAUCAAGGAUGGCUAGUUCCUUAUGACGAAGGCUCGCACGGCGAGAUUGGCGGUGUUUUGCCUCUGCUGGCAGUGUGUCAAGAGCACAAAGUGUCCACUCCGGUCCGCCCCUGUCUGGAUUAUCGCGCGCUGAACAGUCUCAUUGUGUCUCAUCCGGGCCUGGAUGCACCAGCAUGUGAAGAGAAGCUUCGGAAACGGCGCCAGUGCGGCGAUGCUAUGGAUAUCCUGGAUAUUCGGAAGGCCUUCCUGAGCGUGCGUGUACAGCCUGCCUUGCAGCGGUUUCAGGUGGUGGCUUGGAAAGGUCAGAAGUUUGUCAUGCAGCGCAUGGGGUUCGGCCUUUCAAUCGCACCAAAAGUCAUGGAUGCUAUUGUCCGGUGGGUUACGAAGGACUUUCCGGCAACUGACAACUAUGUGGAUGACAUCCUGACACCACGCCAUCAGACCAAGGAGCUGGCUGCCUCUCUGCAACGGUAUGGUCUACCAACGAAGCCGCCUGUGAAGCUUGAGGAGGCGUGCGUGCUUGGCCUGAAGAUUGAUGCUGAGGGAGACCAGCUGCGAUGGGAUCGUCGUGACCCGACAUCCAUUGAUAUUCCUGCUGUGCUGACGAAGCGUAGCAUCUUUCGCUGGUGUGGCGCCCUGACGGCGCAUUAUCCUGUGUGUCGCUGGCUGCGGCCGAUGUCAAGCUGGCUCCGUCGUUUGGCCUGUCUGACUGAUGCAUGGGAUGAGCCGGUUCCAGAAGAGUUGCAGGUGUUGUGUCGUGACGUCAUGGCUCGGGUGCUGAAGGAAGACCCAGUUCAUGGUGCUUGGAGCGUUCCAAGCGGCGAGGAACACUCCUGGAAGAUCUGGUGUGAUGCCUCGAGUAUCGCCUAUGGCGUGGCCCUGGAAGUCGACGGCCGAGUGGUAGAGGACCAAUGCUGGCUGAGACUGAAGAACGACACGCGCCACAUCAACCUAUCAGAGCUCGAGGCGGUCAUCAAGGGCCUGAGUUUGGCGGUUGAGUGGAAUGUGCGCAAGGUGAAGGUCUUGACCGACUCCAAGACCGUUCAUGGCUGGCUGAGCUCGCUUUUCGGCCACUUGAAGCGAAUCAAAGUCAGUGGGCUGAACAAGGUGGUGGUUCACCGGCGACUCCAAAUCAUCGAUGACUUGAUCAAAGCGGCUGACCUCAGCGUUGAUCUGGAGUGGGUUCCAUCUGCCAGCAACAAGGCAGACGAGCUGACUAGAGUUCCUGAGAAGCUCGUCCAGUACUGGAAAGGUCAGUCAGGCGUCGGCGAGUUUGACAUCGGCGUGUCUGGUGCCUGCAUCGAUCCAUCUGCUCUUGGCCCUGUGUCGCUCCAAGAGAUAGCCAGCGAACAGGAAAGUGAUGCGGCCAUCACAGCGGUGAUUGCAGCGAAGACAGCUGAACAGGAAGUUGUCGCUGCUGGCUACAAGAAGAUCCAGAAUCAACUCUGUGUUGCCGACGGUGUCCUGAUGAGGAGCUUCAAGGUGCCGACUGGUGAAGAAGAAGUCGUUCCAGUAGUCCCAGAGUCUCUGGAGGAGAGAGUGUUGCGCGCAGCCCAUCUUCAGACUGGACACGCCGGUUGGGAGGGAACCUGGCGGUUUCUGCAAUGCCGGUGCUUCUUUCCCUCAAUGGCAGCAAAGUGCCAGGACUUUGUUGGCAAGUGUCAGGCCUGUGCUGUUGCCAGUCCGCAGCGUGGCGAGAGUGUUCCAGCUACGAGGUCUGCCAUGCCAUCUGGUCCGUGGAACACCGUGUUCAUCGACACCAUGGAGCUCGGCGGCAGUCGUGAUGGCAGGUUCCACUGCGUCCUGGUGUGUGUGGACGCAUUUACAAAAUGGACUGAAGUCGUUCCGUUGCCCCGGCACGAUGCACGAAGUGUUGCUGAUGCCUUUCUGUCCAUCUGUGCCCGGUGGGGCCCACCAGAGAUUGUGCGCUGCGACAACGGCACCGAGUUUGUCAACGCUAUCAUGUCGGCUUUGUUUGCGGCGUUUGGAGUUCGAGUGCAGCAUGGUGCAGUUCGUCACCCGCAGAGUCAAGGCACGGUAGAGAGGUUCAAUCGUACGCUCCUCACUUUGAUUCGGAAGGUGUUGGAGGAAGAGGAUGAUUGGAAAGCGGCUCUUGAUCUGCUGCUAUUCAAGUACCGUGUACGCCCGCAUAGUGUCACUCGAAUCAGCCCGGCCGAGGCGAUGUAUGGCUGGAAGCCGAAGCGCCUGGUGGUGGAGAGGUCCGGCAGCGAGCUAUCUGAGAGCGCUUGGGUGGACAAGCUGAAGAUGCAGACGGCCCGGGUGUGGGAUUAUUUAGACGGCCAGUUAUCGCAAGCUGACUCCAUCGAUGAAUCGAGAUCUCGCGUCGCCUGUCCCUAUCAGCCCGGAGAUCCAGUACUGUUGCGACGCCAGGACCGACGGCAGAAGCGCCAGCCUCCCUACGAGCGUGGUUGGGUGGUCGAGGCAGUGGUGGCAUCCUCAACGGUCGUCGUUGCGCACGGUCGCGGUGGCACGAAGAUCGUGAAUGUUGAUCUGUUGAAGAUGGAUCCAGGCGAGGCUGAGUCAGAGUCAACGGAAGUCGACCAGGUGGAGGCCAGUUCUAGCAGCAAUGGCGAACUGCCCAUUGCCUUUGACCUGCCGAUUGCUGAAGAUGAUCAGCCAGUUGGACGAAGCCUCCGGAAUCGAGAUACAUUGAGAGCCCCAAGGAGGUAUGCUCCGUGA